GAAAAGCAGAAGAAGGGCGAGAAUAAAACAGGUUGACUAAAGAAGAGGUGAACAUUUUUGGAUGAUCACUCAGAUUCCACACACCUUUGGAAGGACGUGAUAUAAAGUGUAGGUGGCAAAUUCUGGUAGAAAGAAAACGGUUGAGGAGAAAAACAGAUUUUCAGUUCAGUAAGCAAAGCACUCCAGGUGGCAAUGGUAUGGAUUCUGUAACAAAGAAAACGAGGCAAGAUGGAUCAGAAGUUACUGAAAGACUUAUUACAGAGACUGUGACCACAAGACUGACGUCCUUGCCACCCAAAGGAGGGAGCAGCAGUGGGCUCAAAACGUCAUCCCACACUGGAGGGAGUGGAGUGGAAAAGAGAUCUUACACCCAUAGCAGCAGCUAUGUGACUUCAAGUGGAAGUGGUAGAUUGAAUUCAAUGUCAUCUUCUGGCUACAGACAAACCCAGUCUCCCAGCUCUACUCUCACCAAAUCACCUGGCUCGACAUUUGAAAGAAAAACCUAUGUCAACCGCCAUGCAACAUACGAAGGGAGCUCCAGUGCCAACUCUUCUCCUGAGUUUCCCAGAAAAGAGUUUGCAUCUGCAGCCACAAGAGGGAGAAGCCAAAGUCGAGAGAGUGAAAUACGAGUCCGACUGCAGAGUGCAUCUCCUUCUGGCAGAUGGACAGAACUGGAUGAUGUGAAACGUUUGCUGAAAGGAAGUCGAUCAGCCAGCUGCAGCCCUACUCGAUCACCAUCAAGUACACUCCCGAUACCAAAAAAGGCUGUGGUGGAGACAAAGAUGGUUACGGAGAGCUCUCAGUCAGUGUCGGGGACAUAUGAUACAACCGUACUGAAUACCGCUCUCCCUUCAUACAUGUGGUCAUCCACUCUGCCUGCUGGGUCUUCCCUUGGUGGAUACCAUAACAGCUCUUCCUUGAUCAAUGCUAUGUCUCACUCUACAGGUUCAGUUUUUGGUGUCCCAAAUAACCUGGCUCCCAGCACUCAUACUCUGAACGCAGGCCUGAGCGCUUCCUCUACAGUGUUUGGAGUUCAAAACAACCUGUCUCCAAGCUCUUCAACCCUGCCCCAGAAUGCUACUGCAGCUUCUGCAGCAUAUGGGAUGAAGAACACUUCACAGAGCAACACCAUGGCAAGUACUGGUGUGUCUACCACAGCAGGGGGAACAGUUUUGAGCUCCCAGGGAGAAGACAUUCUGCGCAAAGACUGCAAGUUCCUGCUGCUGGAGAAGGAGAAUGCCCCAGCAAAGGAGGUGGAGCGCUUGAUCAUGAACAAGGACAGUGGUAAAGUCUUUAGUGCCUCUACCACUGGACUUAAUGGAGGAUCCUUUGCAGAAGACACUUUGAAGAAAGAGAAGCAGGGAUUGACCUCCUCUUAUACUACAGAUACUGGCAUAAAAUCAGAUGCAAAUGGAGGACUAAAAUCAGCAGCAACAAGGGACAAAGCAGCUUAUGCAGAAAUACGGAAUGGUGAUGUGGGGGGUGCAGUCGGAUCAGCACCAUCCUGGUGUCCCUGUAGUUCCUGCUGUAGCUGGUGGAAAUGGCUCCUGGGUUUGCUUCUGGCCUGGUUGCUUCUCCUUGGAUUGCUUUUUGGACUCAUAGCUCUGGCGGAAGAGGUGCGAAAGCUGAAAGCUCGUGUGGAAGACCUGGAAAGAAUCAAUGGCGGCCUUCUGGCAAUUAACCAAGGGAAUUCAAAAAUAGAAAAGGAUGUUUCAAGAGUAGACUUUCUUCAUGGUAUUUCACCCUCCUCAAGCUUCCCUUAUGAAAAUGAAGAGGCAGUCUGGCUGAUGGUGAAGAGCAGACUGAACAAGGAAAUGGAACGAGGCUACUUCCGAGGGGAGAGAGGAGAACCUGGUGAGAAAGGUGACAUGGGAAUGCAAGGUCCCAGAGGAGAGCGAGGACUUCCUGGUGUCCCAGGCAUUCCUGGUCCAAUUGGACGCCAAGGACCAGAAGGACCAAAAGGACAGAAAGGCAGCAUGGGUGAUCCAGGCAUGGAAGGUCCUAUGGGACAGAGAGGUCGAGAAGGGCUACCAGGGCCUCGAGGGGAGCCUGGACCACCAGGAUUUGGAGAAAAAGGAGACAGAGGUGGUAUUGGUGAGCCAGGUCCUCCAGGGCCACCUGGUCCCCCGGGUUCUGCUGGCCUUAAAGGUCUGAUGGGUUCUCCAGGCCCACAAGGUCCUCCAGGUCCUCCUGGCCUACAAGGGUUUAGAGGAGAAGCAGGUCUCCCAGGUGCUAAAGGUGAGAAAGGAGCUGCUGGAGCCCCUGGACCCAAAGGUGAUCAGGGUGAGAAGGGUUCUCGUGGAAUGACAGGUGAACAAGGCUCAAGAGGAACUCCUGGUCCUCCAGGAGAGCCAGGGGCUAAAGGACCUGCAGGACAAGCUGGCCGUGAUGGACAGCCAGGUGAAAAAGGUGAACCAGGUCUUAUGGGAAUGCCAGGAGCCCGAGGCCCCCCAGGACCCUCUGGAGAUGCAGGAGAACCAAGUCUCACAGGACCCCAAGGACCACCAGGACUUCCAGGCAACCCAGGCCUACCAGGGGCUAAAGGAGAACCUGGAGCUCCGGGAAAAGUUGUAAGUGCUGAGGGUUCCUCAACUAUUGCUCUGCCAGGCCCACCAGGUCCUCCUGGCCCAGCUGGCCCCACUGGACCCCCAGGUGUUCCAGGUCCUGUUGGACCAGCUGGUCUCCCUGGACAGCAAGGUCCACGGGGCGAGAAGGGAUCCCCAGGUGAAGCUGUGAUAGAAACUAUCAGAACAGAAGUCUCAUCAUUAGCAUCUCAAAUGCUGUCAGAUUUACAAGGGCGAGCAGGACCACCAGGUCCCCCUGGACCACCGGGUGAAUCUGUGCAGGGACCCCCUGGACCUCGUGGCCCCCCAGGAGAAGGAUUGCCAGGACCUCCAGGCCCACCAGGGAGAUCAGGGUCUUCCAUGUCUGCCUCAGAAGCAUUCUUCACAGGCCCACCAGGUCCACCAGGCCCACCAGGCCCGAAGGGAGACCAAGGUGAACGAGGUCCACAAGGAUUCAGAGGGGAACCGGGUGAGCCUGGUCUUUCAGCAUUCUCCUCCCAUGGUGAGGGAGUCACCAUACAGGGACCUCCAGGCCCACCAGGCCCACCUGGACCCAAAGGUGAUGCAGGUGUCCCAGGCGCUCCUGGCAUCCCAGGAGCAUCUCGAGGUGGAUCCAGACAAGGACCCCCUGGACCUCCCGGGCCACCCGGUCCUCCUGGCCCAGGUGGAAGUUCAUCUCAGGAGAUUCAGCAGUAUAUCACUGACUACCUGAAGAGUGACAAUGUAAGGCAAUAUUUGACUGGUGCCCAAGGCCCUCCAGGCCCUCCGGGCCCACCUGGAGUCAUCACCACUGCGGAUGGGAUGAACUUGGAUUAUGCGGAGCUGGCUACCCGUGUUAUGAGCUAUAUGACAAGCUCUUCAGAUCGCUAUCAGUCAUUUGCCAGUUCUGUAUCAACUACAUCUGUUUUGUACCAAGAACUUCUGGACAUGCUGCAGAGAGAAGAAAUUCGUCAGUAUCUGGUGGGACCUCGGGGCCCACCAGGACCUCCUGGACCAGGGGGAGAUGGCGUGUCUCUGUCACUGGAUUAUGAUGAGCUGACCAGACGGUUUAUCAGCUACUUGACAAGUUCUGGGAUGAGCAUUGGGCUCCCUGGACCACCUGGGCCUCCAGGGACACCUGGUAUAUCUUACAGUGACCUGACAGCAUACCUCAGAAACUCUGAAUUCAGUGGGCUUGUUGGGCCCCCUGGUCCUGCAGGGCCCCAAGGACCUCCGGGGAUCCCUGGAUCACCAGGCAUCUCUCUGGAGGACUUCUCUGCUUACCUACAAAGUGUGGGAUACUCCUCCCUCUCUGGAAUCCAGGGCCCACCUGGCCCUCCUGGCCCUCCAGGACCUCCAGGCUUCUCAGGAACCGGUCUCCUGUCCUAUACUGACAUCACCAACAGCGAUGAGUUCAGGAGUGAGCUGAUCCAGUACCUGAAGAGUGAUGAAGUUCGAAGCUACAUCUCGGGGCCACCCGGACCCCCUGGGCCAAGGGGACCACCAGGACCCAAAGGAGACAGUGGCUUGAUGGCUGGGUCUAUGUCUUCAUCAUACCAAGGGUUACGGACUUCUGAGCGGAUGCAUGGAGAAUCCCUUGGUGCUGAGGGAUCCCAUGGGGGAUCACUGGGCACGGGCAGCUCAUAUGGCAGCUCCAUGAGCAGCAUGUCAUCUUACAGUGCCUCAAUGGGCAGCGAUGGCUCUUAUGAGACCUCCAUGGGCAAUGAUGGGUCUUUUGAUGGGUUGUUGGCAGAGGAGGAAUCACGCAGGAGAUCGAGUUCAAGCAGAUCCUACAGGAACUCCUUCUCUGGUUCCCUGGAUUACAAUGAGCUGGCACUCCGUGUGUCAGAGAGCCUACAGAGCCAAGGUAUUCUCCAGGACCUGAUGUCUUACACUGCGCAGGGACCCGCAGGUCCCCCAGGCCCUCCUGGUCCUCCUGGCAUCAGCCGGGUCUUCGCAGCCUAUGGCAACGUCACCGCAGACCUCAUGGACUUCUUUAGAACAUAUGGUGCCAUCCAGGGACCACCCGGUGAAAAAGGGGAGAGAGGUUAUCCUGGACCCAAAGGUGACCCUGGACCAAUGGGCCCACCCGGACGCCAUGGGCACCGGGGACCAAAAGGAGAGAAAGGAGAGAAAGGUGAACAAAUGUAUGUUGGCAGAAGAAAAAGAAGAAAUGUUGGGGUUUGAGGAAAGAGGCAGCUCAGUUCUGCACUGGGCAGCAUUCCCAGCAGCCUAUAGAGAAUUAGCUUGAGUCAUCACUGCCUUAAAGCUAACACAUCCCUGCCCACAGCUAACCACUUAGGCUUGAUAGUUCCGUGUUGCUGCAGAGCUUUGAAUGGCUCUUUUAUGUGUCAAGUAUGGCCCUGAUGUGGGUAUUUGCUGCUGUUGCUGAUGUUUGGCUUAGCACCCUGAGCUCCCAGGCUUUGGGCUGACAGCGAGCCGUGUCUGUCUCACCCAGUCCAGGCUUCUUGUAUUACUCCCAGCUAUCUAAAAUCCUGUUUUAACAACUAGCCAACUAUCCAGCAUAAAUUAAAAACGAAAGCAUCUAACCCCCACCAAACACAUGCCUUUAAGAGCUCAGAUUCAGCCCACAGGACAAUCAUCCCAGCCCAUCACUUGCUUUGGAAAGCAAUGCCCAUCCACCUGGCCUCAGGAGUGGGUUUAAUGCUCCAGGUGCAUUAAACCUGCUCGUGAGCACAGCUCCUUGGACAAGCUGUUACUGGAGGGGUGCAGACAGUGAUGGGUACAGCACAUAGAAGUGCUUCUGCCUGGGUCAGCACGUGC